AUGCAAGUAAAAUCGUUAGAAGAGCCACUCAUUUAUGCAUCAAAAGAAGGUCAUUUUGAAGUUGUUGAAUAUCUUAUCUCUAUUGGUGCUGAUAAAGAAGCGAAGAAUAAAUUUGGGUUUACUGCACUCAUUAAUGCAUCAAAAGAAGGUCAUCUUGAAGUUGUUAAAUAUCUUAUCUCCGUCGGAGCUGAUAAAGAAGCAAAAAAUUUUAAUGGAUAUACUCCACUCAUUGAAGCUUCAGAAAAUGGUCAUCUUGAAGUUGUUGAAUAUCUUAUCUCUGUUGGUGCUGACAAAGAUGCAAAGAAUAAAGGUGGAAAGACUGCUCUUGAUAUCGCAAAAGAUUCAGUGAAAAACUAUUUAUUAUCAAUUUGA